UUUCUGUACAUGAAAUAACGGUCUGUAAACUCCACAUUAAAAAAUAAACAUAUUGCUGAAGAUAUGCCGAGAUUUUCUUUAUCUGAUAACGUAAUACAAAGAGCAAUCCCGACAUCUGAGCUUCAUGUUGAGGAUGUAUAUUGUAUGGUAUUUUUGCUAACAUCUCGAAUCCCUGACACUAGUCGGCAGUUCCGUUAUUUUUUGGCGCAUGGGUGGAAAGACGGCGCACAGAUGUUGGAGGAAAUUUAGAAAGUUUCGGUACACAUGGUUAGACUUCCUCGUUAUACAUAAGAAUUAUAAUCAUGAUGCACUCCAAGGAGAAGUACGAGGUUAAUCCACAAUCAAGGACGACCUUGUCCGAUCGCCUGUCCUCGUAUUAUGGGAACAUCCGGAGCAUGCUGCUGGGGAGAAGGUCCACGUAUGAGGUGGAAGAGACCUAUCCAACAGCAGACGACAACCACGCUGGAACAUUUAAAGAGAAAGAGUCACCGACAGAAGAGAUCUCGCUGAAGCCAAAAUGCCUGGACCUUCAGCGCACUCUGAACAGAGAGGCCCAUCGGACGAGCUCUUACGAGAUCCCCAACCUAAUUGUAAGAAGGGGACAGACAUUUGACAUGAGUAUUCUCUUUGACCGGGUUUUCUCGGAGCAAGAUGAUAUAAUCACACUGCAGUUUGUCACAGGACGAAAACCUUUACAAAGCAAGGGAACUGUGAUAUCCGUCCACAAAGCGCGGGAACUACAACCAGGGACCUGGGGAUACCAGAUCACGGGAAUAGACGAAAAGAAGGUCAAUGUUAAAGUGUGCACGUCUGCUAGCGCUAUAGUAGGAAAGUAUCAACUGUUUGUUGACACCGUCCACCGACCGAAAGAUGGCGCUUCACAAAAAUGUCGCCAUUGUCAUCCAGACGAUGUAUUUGUCAUUUUCAAUCCAUGGUGCCAAGCGGACUCGGUCUAUUUGGAGGAGGAGUCACACAGGGAGGAGUAUGUCCUCAAUGAGACCGGAAGGAUCUGGAUGGGGACUGUCGGCAAGUUUUGUGUCCGGCCCUGGAACUUUGCGCAGUUUGAUGACGUCUGUUUGAUGGCUGCGUUGUCGAUGAUGGAGAAAUCAGAACUAGGGGAUCCAGCCAGAGGCAACCCAUUAUUGGUGGUGAAAGCUCUUAGUCGUGUGAUUAAUAAUAACGAGAGGGACGGCGGGGUGUUGGUGGGGAACUGGUCUGGCAAGUACGAGGACGGCGUGCCUCCCUACUCCUGGAACGGAAGUGCCGCCAUCUUAGAGGAAUUCCUCAAGAAGAGGAAAGGUGUCAAGUACGGGCAAUGUUGGACAUUUUCUGCCAUAGCAACGACAGUUUUCCGAGCUCUUGGGAUACCGACUAGAUGUAUUACUAAUUUCCGGUCUGCUCAUGAUAGCGAUUACAGCAUACAAAUCGACAACUUCUGGACACCGGAAGGGAGACCUAGAAAAAUGAUGGAUGAUACAAUCUGGGAUUUCCACGUGUGGAAUGAAAGUUGGUUCAAACGCCCUGACCUUCCAGAGGGGUACGAUGGAUGGCAGGCAUUCGAUCCGACGCCUCAGGAGUGUUAUGAAGGUGUCUUCACGUGCGGACCCUGUUCUGUACGAGCAAUACGUAACGGGGAACUAUAUCUAGGCUACGAUACCAAGUUCCUGUUUGCAGAAGUAAACGGAGACCGCAUAUUUUGGACUGUGGACACUGAGGGCAAUAUGGAACCCGUGUACCAAGACGAUGACGUGGUGGGAAAGUUCAUGAGCACCAAGGCGGUCAAUACCAUAUCACGGGACGAUGUCACGUCCAAAUAUAAACAGGACACAGGUUCUAUAGAGAAAACAGAAAUCAUUGCAAAGGCCAACCGAUUCAGCGGGCGUACGAACGUGCUGAUCAAAAAACCGUCGGCUUCCGACGUGGAAUUCUGUCUAACCGGCGAAGUCCACAAAACAGGAGACAUCGACAUAGAACUAAAAAUGACGAACACUAAUGAGGAGUCGAGGAUAGUAGAAGUCUAUAUGAUUACCGUCGCCACUAAAUACACCGCCGUGCCUCUGUCUGAUAUCAAAGACUCCAGUUCUACCAAUGUACUCGAGCCCUGUAAAGAGUCCAUAUCGUCCAUGAGUCUAAAAGCAACGGAGUACCUUAAUACUAUUGAUUCAGAUAGUCAUGUUUGUGUGUAUGUCAUGGCAACCGUCAAGGAAACCUCUCAAGUUUACAUCAAGCGGGAAAUAUUCCGGGUGGAGCAACCAAAUUUGGAGCUAAAGACAGAAGGAAGCGCCAUUGUAGGUAAACCAUUUGAUGUCAUUGUGAAGCUUGUAAACCCGCUGUCUGUUCCGCUGAAUGGUGGGUCGAUUUGUAUGGAAGGACCCGGCAUGGUAAAACCAUCAUCCGUCAAAAUUAAAAAAUCGAUUGGCCCUAACGAGGAAAUUCGUGAGACUGUGCAGGUUAAGCCUCGUCGGGCCGGAAGAAGGGAAAUAAUGGCUAGUUUUCAGUGCAAACAGCUGUGUAAUGUGACUGGAGUGGUGGAGGUGGAUGUUGUAAAUGAGGGUAAAAACUGACGUCAAUGUAGGAAAUAUACGUAUUGUACACAGGUUCUCAACCGUUUUGUAUUAUUUUUAUUAAAUCAGAAUUAUUAUG